AUUUUAUCCCCAAUUAAGAUAUAAAUUUCCAAAUUGCCAUAUGCAAAUGGCCGAGUUACGAACCGAGUUAAUACCCGGUCUGCCGGAGGAACUCGGCUACGAGUGUCUCACCCGUCUACACUACUCCACUCACCGAGUCGCCUCCCGAGUCUGCCGCCGCUGGCAGGACCUUCUCCAAAACCGGGAAUUUUACAAUCACCGGAAGCAAUCAGGGUGGACCCACAAGGCGGCUUGUUUGGUUCAGGCGCUUCCGGUUCCGACAGGAUCGGACGAGGCCAAACCGGCAAAACCGCCCCGUUACGGGGUCUCGAUUUUUGACUCCGUGAGUGGGAAUUGGGACCGGAUCCACCCGGUUCCGAAGUACCCGCACGGGCUUCCGAUGUUCUGUCAGGUGACGAGCUCGGAGGGGAAGCUGGUGGUGAUGGGCGGGUGGGACCCGGCGAAUUACCAGCCGGUUCGAGACGUGUUCGUGUACGAGUUCACGACUCAGCGGUGGGCUCGGGGGAAGGACAUGCCGGAGACCCGGUCGUUUUUCGCCGCCGGGGAGCACGACGGGCGGGUGUACAUCGCCGGCGGCCACGACGAGAACAAGAACGCGAUGAAGUCGGCGAGGGUGUACGACGUGAGGGAGAACGAGUGGAGCGAGUUGCCUGAGAUGAGUCAGGGGCGAGACGAGUGCGAAGGGUUCCUAUCCGGGUCGGAGUUUUGGGUCGUAAGCGGGUACGCGACGGACAUGCAAGGGAGGUUUGUGGGGAGCGCGGAGGUCUAUGAAACAGGGCCGGGUCGGUGGAGGCUGGAGGAGGACGCGUGGCGUGCGGGUCAGUGCCCGAGGUCGUGCGUCGGGGUUGGGAAAGACGGAAAGUUAUUCUGUUGGGGCGACUGCGACCCGAGAGUUCGGGUCGGGCCUUGCGCGCUCGGGUUGGGGAAAUGGACCUUCCUAGCGGGGUCGGGUUACCAGGGCGCGUGGCAGGAGGAAUUUUUGGUCGAAGGGCAAAAUGGUAAAUUGAUGAAAAUGGAAACGCCUGCGGGUUUCUGUGGUUUCGUGCAGUCCGGGUGCUACGUGGAAAUUUGAAAUUAUUUUUAAAAAUUUUCAAAUUCUGGAAAAGAAGUGAGGUUUCAAUUUUGUUUUCUUUUUUGAAGAAAAUAUGAGAGUGUUUGAGUAAAGUUGUAAGCAGCUUUUGCUUUUUGUUGGAUUGAAUAGUGCAAAAAUAUCAUAGGUUUGACUACUGUAUAAUCUUCUGUUUAAUUUUAAUAAAUAAUAUUAUGAAA